AUGUCCAACAACCGACAGUAUUACGAAAAUGAUAGCAGCUACUAUCAGGCGCAGCCUGGUCAGCACACAGCGUACCAUGACUCGCCUGCCAGAGACAUCAUCUCACCUCCGCCGCAGUACACCUCGCCGCCACCUCAGACCCAUUCAAGAGGUUGGACGCAGGAACGUGAAGUACAACGAAGGCCUGCACCUGGGCCUUACUCCGACUCUUCGCCUCCUCUUCCCCCGGCGCACAGAGAAGAGCCUGGGCUCUCGAGGAUAGACACGCAUAAUUCGCAGGGCUACCGGCCAACAUCAGUGGUGACGCCCGGCAUGGACAACUUCUCCGACCACGCCCAAGGCGGAGGAAUGCACGGUCUUGCACAAGGCGUGGCUGACCCAAGAUGGCUACGGCAGCUACAAUCGCGACUUCCCAAGAGGCGGUACCAUGCCGCCACCUGGCACUUGCCAAACAACGACCGCCCAUUUUAUGCCACCGGCCUUCCCAUGGGUGCCGACGCCUCUACACCGGGCACCAUUACUCCAGACCCAUCGUCGAGCUACUCCGGUCGUAAUAUUCCUCUUGACCAUUAUCCUCCACAUCCGAACGAGAACAGGAUGUCCUAUUACCAGGACUCUCCUUACCACCUCCAGAGCUCCCCAUACCACGCUACCACCAGUCAGGCCAGCGUGAACCCACACGAUAUCAUCGACGACGGUGACGACGGUUUUAUGCCUGAACCUCAGCGCCGGAGUUUCAUGCCCGGGAAAUCCAAAUCUGCCGAACGCAUGGGAGGUGCUGCCGCAGGUGCUGGUGGUGCAGCUGGUCUGGCUGGCGUCUUUGGUAAGAACGGAGGCUCAAGCACAUACACACCAGUGUCAGCACGUGAUGGCGCUGAGAAAAGCGAAUGGCUGUCAAAACAGAGGAAGGGGGGUAGCAGGAUGAGGUGUGUAGUCGGCGGCAUUAUUGGUGCUGUGAUCCUACUAGCAAUCAUUGGCGGUGUUGUUGGUGGGAUUCUCGGAUCGAGGAGCAAAAGUGGCGGGGGUGGUUCCGGGUCCGGAGGCGGAUCUGGCUCAGCGGCCAGUUCAACAUGGAACACUGCCUCUGGGGACUUGGCAGCCAACGGUGAUCUCGACAAGGACUCGCCUGAGAUCAAGGCCUUGCUCAACAACAAAAACCUGCACCGCGUCUUUCCCGCCAUGGACUACACCCCAUGGGGCACGCAGUAUCCCCUCUGCGAGAAGUACCCGCCUUCUCCCAACAAUGUCACUCGCGACAUGGCUGUGAUGUCUCAACUGACCAACACCAUCCGCCUCUAUGGUAUCGAUUGCAAUCAGACCGAGAUGGUACUCCAUUCAGUCGAGCAACUUGGUCUGACAGAUAUGAAAAUCUGGCUUGGUGUAUGGAUCGACACUAAUUCCACCACCAAUGAUCGGCAGAUGAAGCAUAUGUAUCAGCUUCUCACUGAUAGAAAAGACCACUCGAUUUUCAAAGGCGUCAUAAUCGGCAACGAAGCACUGUUUCGUGCUGGGGAAGAUAAAAGCCAGUCACAGACCGAGCUCGGCGAUUUUCUCGACGAUGCUCGUAAGGAGUUCGAAUCGAACGGAUGGGAUCUGCCAAUUGCGACGUCUGACUUAGGCGACAACUGGAACGCAGCUCUUGUUUCGCACGUUGAUUAUGUCAUGGCCAACAUUCAUCCAUUCUUCGCUGGCGUUCAAGUCGAAGAAGCAGCAGGAUGGACAUGGAGCUUCUGGCAAAAUCACAACGUUCCGCUCACCGCUGGCACCAGCAAAGGACAGAUCAUCAGUGAAACUGGCUGGCCAAGUGGAGGAGGUACCGACUGCGGCGGCGAGACCGGCGACUGUGCACCAGGCCAAUCUGGCUCCGUGGCGAGUGUGGACAACAUGAAUACAUUCAUGAACGACUGGGUUUGCCAAGCGAUUGACAAUGGUACUGACUACUUCUGGUUCUCGGCAUUCGACGAGCCAUGGAAAGUGUCCUUCAACGAGCCGGGCAAAGAAUGGGAAGACAAAUGGGGUCUCAUGGACCCCGCAAGAAACCUCAAGGAUGGCCUCGUCAUUCCUGAUUGUGGUGGCAAGACUGUCGUUGGCGUCGAUUGGUCAAAGUCUGGCCAGACCAAGAGAUGA